CUGCAUGAAUUUUUCCUAUUCUGUACUAAUCACCACUCUAAAAUUUCUGUUCAGCAAGCUUUGAAGUUGCCUGAUUCACGCAAGCGUUCUUUCCGUGCUGAAUUCGACGAAAAUUUCAUUGCAGAAAAAAAAUCAUGCAUCACUGUAGGUACGAGCAUGUUUUAUUUGAUGUUUUUGUUGUUAAAAAUUUAUAACUUUAAUGGAUUCAGUCGCACUUACCAAAUAUGUCACUUUUUUGAUGCGUUUCUUCGAAAAAUUAUUUUAAUAACUAUAAAUAUUGCUUUGAAGAACGAAAAAGUGGUGUGUAAAAACAUACGUAGAAGUCGAAAACGCUGUGGUUGUUCAUGCAAAUCUCCUUGCCUGCCUGAAACAUGUGAAUGUGCUUUGAAUGGAAUCGAAUGUUUGGUGGAUAGACCGGCAUUCCCAUGCAGAUGUGGAGCGUCUGAAUGUAAUAAUCCGUUCGGACGUCGUGAAUAUGAUGAAACCCGUAUUCGAGCUCAUUUUCGUUCAACUUUAAUGCGUUUAAAGGCAGCUCAGUGUCAAAAGGUGAAAUUCAUAGAACAUGGAACAUUUAUUCUUAGAAUUGAGGUUGUGAUUUAA